UCUGGGGGGCAGAGGGCGCAGUCCUUGGGCCCGAGUUCGGGGGCACAGGGGACUUUGUGAGGUGAUCCUCAGGCAGCUCUUAAGGGCUAAAAGGUCUCUGGAGUGGAAGGGUUUGUAAGGGGCCGUCUCUGGAAGGAGGCUUUAGGGGUGAACCAGGCUCUGGGGAUGCGGUGCCUGUGUGGGCUGUAAUGCCAUGGAGAUAAGCAACAGUGCGGAGAUGGCGAAGCAGGCACAGGUUCCGGAGGUGCUGAAGAAGGAGGUCAGAUCUCUGCUAAUAGCUGCCAAAGGGGGCUUAACGCCAGCAGAGCUGGAGCAGGAGUACCUGGCCAUGAUCGGAAAACCUCUUCCUUUGAGCAGCCUGGGCUUCCAAUCCACCUUGGAGCUGGUGGCAAACAUGCCUGAUGUUGUCAGAAUCUACCCUUCUGAGAAAGGCACUUCUGUCCUGAAAGCUGUUGCAGAUGAGACCACCAAAAGGAUUGCCAAACUGGUAGCCAGGCAGAGAGGUGGCAGGGCACGGAGGAGAGCUGCUGUGAAGGCAGAUGCUACUUUACCCUCUCAGAAUCCCCAGUGCUUCCCUCAGAGGGGCAGAGCUCCUGUCCUGCCAGCAACGGUGAAGGCUGAGCUGCAGCACCUGCUGAGUUCCUCACCGGUUCUUCUCUCGGACUUUGACGAGGCCUUCUUCAGACACUUUGGCCAGGAGUUCCAAUACACUCAGUAUGGAUUUUCCUCUGUCUUUGAGGUCCUCAAGAGUGCAUCUGAUAUCAUUGCAAUUGAGCAGACAGCAGCAGGUUCCUUGCUGACCCUGAAAUACCACUCAGAAAGCAAGAUGGAGGAAGGAGAGGUGCUGCGAGCAGCAGCACCACCUGCAGCUGACACGCUGCCUUUGGAACCAAGCCACAAGACACAGAACUUCCACCUGGCAGCAGAUGAGAAGUCGGAGCCAAUAGAAACACAGACAGGAGGUUUGGGUGAUGAUCUCCAGCAACCUCGAGAUUUGGAGCAGUCCCUACUCGACAAGUUGAUACUGACUCCGGAAAUCCCCCCAGACGCCGUUCAGGACAGCAGCCUUUGUGGUUUACCACCACUAGAGAGAAGGUGCAUGGUGGGAGUCUUCGUGGGAUUCAUUGUCUCUCCAAGCCAGUUCUACAUCCACAUCUGCAGCAGGGAAGCACCUGAUGAGCUGCUGGAUAUGAUGAUUGAGAUGAGGCACUGCUACUCGGACAGACGCCUCCGCGAUCGCUACAUCAUGCCUGAGAGCUCCCUGCGGCCCGGGCAGCUCUGCUGCGUGCCGGUGGCCAGCUGGUGGUACCGCGGCGUCGUCCACCGCCUGCUCAGCCACCAGGAGGUGGAGGUCUUCUAUGUGGAUUAUGGAAACCUCGAGCUCGUCCCUAAGUCCACCCUGAGAUUCCUCAGGCAGUGCUACUUGAAGCUUCCUGCUCAGGCCAUUCCAUGUUCCUUGGCAGGGGUAAAACCCACAGAGGCUACAUGGUCCAAUGCAGCAACUCUUCUGUUCAAGGAGCUGUGUGACUCCAAACUACUUGUGGGCUUCGUGGAUGAAUAUGUUCAUGGCAUUUUGCAUCUCUUCCUGUGUGACACAUCCACCAUGGAGGAUGUCUACUUCCACCAUGUCUUGAGCACUAAGGGACAUGCUGCUAUCUGUGAAGAGAACAUUCCUUCCCAGGGAUUCAUGGAGCUGAAUCCUUUGGCCUUGUAUAUUCAGCCUAGUGUGCAUCAGAAGAAUGCUGAAGUGGUGCAGCCAGACCUUGGCUUGCCACAGGAAUCUCUAGAUGCAGACAGCGAAACAGCAAGCUCAAAGCUGGAUGGGAAUGAACAGUGUGACCAGCAAUGGCACCUGUCUGCUGAGGAGGAGACACAGGAUGAUGUGUGGCCACGUUUGGAUGAAGGGAGUGUCCCAAGAACAACAGACCAAGCACCUGAACUUGUGCAGGGGGAAACAAAUGACACUCCUGCAGAGCUUAUGGCAGUGAUUGAGCAGGCAGCAGCACCGAGCCAAGAUGACCCUGAUCAGACAGACAGAUUUUCCAGGGAAGCCCAACUUUGUGAAGCUGUCCAACCCUCCAUCCUGCCAACAGCAAUGCCCUUUGUGCUGGACAAUCAUAACGAUGAAGAGCAAAUGAAGAACAAAGACCUUCCCGGGAGUGCUGCAGCUGCCCUGUGCAGUGCCAGGGGGCUGUCUGACCAGGGCUUCUCUCAGAAACUCUAUGUCCCUCCUGCCAUGCUGUCUGCAGUGCUGGCAUCUGCACGUUUGGCCUCAUCCAGUGGCUCCUUCCAGUGGCUCCCUUGCCUGAGAAAGAUGAUGUGACAAGAGGUGAGAACCUGGGGCAGCUGCUGAGGAAGGCUGCCUAGAGGAACAGAAGCCCUGACUAUGCUGUUCUGCAACAUUUAGCCCCUUCAGGGAGUUGGAGUCUGACAUCUUCUCAGGUGUAGCCAGUACAUCUAGUAAAUAGUACUUUGACUUCAGGAAAGCAGUUAAGUUGCAUUGUAUUGGUGAUGUUCUUUAAUGCAAUGAUCCAGGAAAACAUUCACAUCUCACCUUGUACUUCAGUUUAGGAGAGGGAAACUGCCUGCCUGUCCCUCCCUCAGUGCACCAGCAGCUUUGACAUUGUGUGUGGAGCUGGUCUUGGCUUUUAACACUGUGCUCCUGGCUCCUAGGAGAGGUGGUUGUGUGCCAGCUCAAGCCUCAGUCUGUGGAACUUGCCAAAAGAAAGCUCCUUCCCCAAGGAGAAGAUGCUCUGAUUCCUUGGUGUAUUAGAAGGCAACACAGAUGAGCAUCAGGAAUCCUACACUAUGGACAUGCAGUGAGAUCUGUCAAGGACCCAGUGAGAGAAGUCUCCAAGCUGGAUGCUGGAAGUGUUUAUGCAGCUCCCUGCCUGUGGCAAGAAGUCCUCUUGGGAUUAAGCUUCUUAAUGCAGAGAGAAGCUGUGAUAACAGAAGUGUCCUGGUUCUGAAUGCUGCUGUUUGGGUGAGUUUGCUGGUGCCUGGACUGUUCCUCAGGUCUUCAGGGGCUUCAGGGACUGCACUGUGCCCUGCAAACACUGCACAGGCCUGCUUCACUGCAAGCCAUCAAGAAGAAAAGCUGAGGAGAGGGCAAACAUUAACACUGUGGAGAAAAGCCCAGUGUAAGAGGUUUGUUGGUUGGUCUGGAUGAUCCUUAAAGUUCUCUUCCAAAUCAAAUCAUUCUGGUUUAAUUUCAGCAUUUAAGGCUGCUUUUGGGUGUGAAAGGGCCAAAAAACAGAGAGGGGGAAAACAGUCUGGGGCUCAUUAGGAAAUGAACAUGCAGGAAGCUAGUGAAGGAGGUGGAAGCAGAGAGGUGAGGAGUUACAGCUUGGGCAAGGGCUGUAGAUCCCUGUGGAGGCUUCAGGCCAGGGGACUGCAUUGCACCCGUGGUAGGGAGUGGUUGGGAUGGAGCUGAGCUUGUUCAGAGCUGCCAGGGCUCUGGAACACUCUCUGUGCUGCAGGUCCCCUUGGGUUUCAGGAAGGUGGGAAGUAGGAUGCUAAAGAAGCUCAGCCUGAACUCUGUGUUUCCCAAAGCAGAGUCUCAGGCAUCAGAUUUCAUAGCAGUGACUUAACAGAGUGGUCCAACAGCAGGGCAGGGCCAGCUCCAGCUGGGUGCUGUGGAAGAAUUACUGGAGGUGACUGGGAAAUUCAGCUUGUAGGAGAGGUAAGGCCUUGUUCACACAUGAAGGAGAGGUGUUACAUUGAAGAAGCUUCCAGGGCAGAGUGCAGCUGGUGUGUGAGGGAUCCAUUCCACAGGGAUUUCCUGAGCAACGUAGCCUGCAGCCUUAGAACCAGCACAGAGGGUGGAGUGCAGGCACCACGGCCAGGCUCUGCAGUAUCACUGCAGGCAUGGGAACUAGGUGGUACUGUGGAGCUGCUGAGCUGUGUCUGCUACCCUGGGCCAACAGUCUGGUAUUUUUGGUCAAAAUGCUGUCCUCUGUGCAACCUUUGCUCCUUACAGUACCAAAACACCUCCAUCCCAAAGGCUGCCCAGGUGCAGAGGUGUGGCCACCCCUCACUCAGCUUGUGCCCUGAAGUUUUCCUGGUCUAUACCUUUAAAAGUGAAGUGACACCAAUCUUAACCAAGAUCUGUAAGGUCUGUGUGGAUGGAGUCACUCAAGCUCCACCCUAAAGGUAAAACUGAGUAUGAAAAGGCUUGGGGAAAAGGGAAUGCCAGGAAAGAUCCCAUCACAGACCACUUGUAACUUCUGGGGUCAGUCACUGGACUGAGCCUCUCCUCACCCCAGAAAGGACCCCUUUGGGUAAGAUUCUAAUCCUGGCUUACACCAAGCAUGCUGCAGAGAGACUGAAAUCUCUCUGGAGUGGUUUCUUUGGUUCCACAGGUGUGCAGCCAGACUGCACUCUUCAUCUGCUUCCUGUGUGCAGACAGUGUCUGCUCCCCAGCAGUGCUCCAAUAAACUGCACUUUGGUCAA